UGACAAAAGCGCGCCGCCAUAUUGGAUGCUUGUGUUUGGUUACCGUCGAAGCGCGUGGUUGAGAUAUUAUUUCUAAUUCUAAUUAAUCAGGAUGUCUGACGGUCAGGAGCAAAAACCCGAAGCCGGCCCAGGAGACGCGAAUUCCGAAUAUAUCAAGCUCAAAGUCGUGGGAAACGAUAGCAAUGAAAUUCACUUUAGGGUAAAGAUGACCACUCAAAUGGGCAAGCUUAAGAAAUCUUACAGUGACCGUGUGGGAGUACCAAUGACAUCGCUGAGGUUUCUUUUCGAUGGUAAAAGAAUCAACGAUGAUGAAACACCAAAGCAGUUGGAAAUGGAGAAUGAUGACGUUAUCGAAGUAUACCAAGAGCAGACCGGUGGUCAAUACUGAGAAGAUAUGGAAGGUGUACCAUGCAAUUUGGUUUUAAUACUUUUUAAAGUGAAAGUGAUUAACACAAGCAAAUGGACACGGUUAUCAAUAACGCAUAUGUACGUUUAAAAAGAAAUUACGUAAUUUGAUUUCCACAUAGUAUUUCUGAAUGUGCAGUUUUACAUUCCUGUAAUAAGAGAGUGGAUUUAAGAUUCACGAAAAAAAAAACCAUUUUCCAUAAUAUGUAGGUAUUUCUUUUAAAGGAAACAAAAAUGCUAUAGCUUUGUAAUGCAAACCUCAUCAUUUUCAUUUUCUUCUAUAAUCUGUUAUAUGAACACUAAAAGUGGAAUCGAUUAAAUUGUAUGUACUAAGAUUUAAUUAGCAAUCUUUAAAGCAGAGAUGGCUUGAAAGUUGUUUAAAGUGUAAAGUAGAUAUCCAUUAUUGCCGUAUUGUUUAAUUAAAAAGCAUUAAUUUACUCGCUUUGUAUUGCACCCUUGAGUCUUAUUUGUGUAUUGCAAGAUUACAUUUUCUAUUUAAGUAAGUUUUAUAAUUCAGUUGUAUUCUUGAUAUAUCAUUAAAUUUUCCUUUAUGCCAAGUAAUUGGAUAAAUGAUCAUUGAAACUAUUCCAUUUUAUAAAGCAUGCAUCUUAACAGCUUAGGUCAAUUAAAAUUAAUGUCCAUCAUUGGAUCAGGUCUAAAUUAUAUCAUUUAUCUGGGGACAAUUCUCGGAUAAAUAUAAAAGUUACAGAGGUUAUUAAUAUUUAAAACCUCAUAGCUUUACCUAAUACAAUUUAAUUGAAGAGAUACUGAAUAGUUAAGUUAUUAUUAAUUAUACAGGACAAAGAUACAGAGUGAUUUAUCAUGCUUACAUUAUACAAAGACAGUGUGUGUAUGAACUAAAAAAAUACAAUUGCCCAUCUCUGCUUGAAAUAUUGUUUUCGCAACUCAUAGUUUCCAUUUACGUUUAUAAGUUGUCACAUCUGUCCGAGUAAUAACGUUAAUUGGACUUCGUGCAUUUGUAAGUAAUCGUACAAAAAUGCGCAAAAAUUUGCUAAAGUACUGCGAUUAAUUUAACAAUAACUUUGGAGAUGAAUUCAUGUUUCAUUUGUUUAAUCGCCUGUGAAAUUACUUUUUCCUUAUUGAUUUAUUACGCAGCAAGUAACAUAAGUAAGGAUAAUGGCCAUUGCAAGGUCUGCUGUUGAUACUCGAGCCUCGAGUUAAGUUGAAAACUAGUAAAUAUCUAAGUUUAAUACCCUAAUGCGACUAGACAUACCCACGUACCUUUCGUAGCGAUGCUUGUUUACCAAAUUCCUUGAUACAUCGCAGAACGAUGUGACUAUAAUCUGAGACUUUACGUUGUGGUUCGUACAGACUGCUAAAUGAAUUUGUAACUUGUGCACUGUUUAGUUUGGUUUCGAGAAAAAUGCGAAAUUGAGUUAUUUUUUGUCAGAUGUAUAAGGGAAAAGCAUGAAAAAGAUUCUGAAUGUUGAGUGUUCACCGCUCAGUCGUAAAAGUAUCGGUACCGUGUAUUGAACUUAUUAAAUAAACCGAUUGUACAAAAGAAA